AUGGGCAUUCCGAUGGACGACAUCCAUACUCCUACGGUGCCUGCUGGGCCCGUCUCGGGUGCGGGCUCUACAAGCACGGAUCUCUCAAAGGCGGGCCUGACGCAGCUCUUUGAUGACAAGGAGAAGCUAGAGGCAGAGUUGAAAAUACUUAGCGACGUUCUCGUAUCUCAUGGCGUUGAUAUGAACACGAAUCUGCUUACUGAAGACGGAUUCCCAAGGGCAGAUCUGGAUAUUGCACAAAGUACAGUGGCUCAAUCUACCUCAUUUCUUGGUGGCCUCUUCCUCUAA